GCUGAUCUCUCGCUGUCAUUCGGCCACGGUCGGUUCCAGGAGAGAGGGGCAGCCAAGAAGCACACAGGAUCGGCUGGCUCUGUAGGAAAGACAGCUAGAGAGAAAAUAUUCUGAUAUCAAACGAACAAUGAAACCGAUCCAUUAAGGCUUAUAAAAGUACCGCUUACUUGUCACGUUAACAAAGCUGUUUGAUGAUAGAGUCCAGAUCAGAAGCAGCAUAUAGAGAGCUGUGUCAUUGAGCAGGCAGGACACGUCAGGAGAAGGGAGAAAAAAAAAAAAAAAAAAAAAAAAGCUGACCGACUGCACUGUACGAGUCAGCUAUCAAAUCGCCUUUGAAAGCCGUGCCUGUCGCACCUUCAAGGACACCAUCUCGCUCUCAGUCCGACGGAAGGAUCUCGACAAAGACAUCGCCGAGGUCGAAGGUGGUGAUCGGAAGGACCAAAGAGAUCACGGGAUAGCAUUUGUUUCUGGGGGCAGAAAACAAAUGGGGGAUUACGGGUUUGGAGUCCUUGUUCAAAACAACACUGGCAACAAGUCUGCAUUCCCAGUCCGAAUCCACCCGCAUCUGCAGCCCCCACACCACCACCAAAAUGUAUCUCAGAGCCCUGCUGCUUUCAUAAACAGCACCACAACCACAGGGAAUGGCACCACAGGAGGCUCCCCUUGGCUCUUCCCUGCCUCUGCCACCCACAACAGUGUGCAAGAUGAAAUCCUGGGAGGGCCAGAGAAGCCCAAAGCACAACAGCAACAGGAAAUGCAAGAAACGCAAGAAAAGCAACAGCAGUUGUCUCCAGGGAGCCAUCAGGAGGGUGGAAGUGGUGGUGGGAUCAUUUCAGAACUGGAAAAAGCCCGAUCAGAGGAAGCCAAGACAGAGAAUGGCUCAUCUGAAGGCAGCAAUGGAAAGGAGAAGCAGCUACGCCUUGAGUCACCUGUUCUGACAGGCUUUGACUAUCAGGAAACAUCUGGUCUUGGGGGAACUGGUCCGGUGCAGUCCAGUACAACCUCGUCAUCACUUACUGGCUUCAACAACUGGUCAGCUGCUAUCCAGCCUGCGCCAUCCACAAUCAUCAAUGAGGACGUCAGCUUUUUCAACCCCGCCUCUGCCAACAAUGGGCCUCUGCUGUUCCAGAACUUCUCACACCAUGUCAGCCCAGGGUUUGGCGGAAACUUCUCCCCCCAGAUCGGACCAGCUGCGGCCUUGUCCCAGCAUCACCCUGCUCCCCCACCACAUCCCCACUUCCAACACCCCCACAGUCAACACCAGCAGCAUCGCCGUUCCCCAGCAUCUCCUCACCCUCCACCGCCCUUCCCGCACAGGAAUCCGGCUUUCAACCAGUUACCGCAUUUGUCCAACAGCUUGAACAAGCCCCCGUCCCCAUGGGGUCCAGCUAGCUACCAGAGCCCCUCUCCUUCCCCUGGCUCAUCCACAUCAUGGAGUCCUGGAGGAGGCUACGGUAGUGGUGGCGGUGGUUGGGGAGGACCCCAGAACAGAGAUUAUCGCCGUGGGCUGAACGGCGGGAUGACCCCCAUCAACUCCAUCUCUCCACUGAAGAAGACCUUCCCUAACAACCAUGUGGCAUCUCAGAAGUAUCCUCGAAAUAGUCCAGCGGGCUUCAACCCAAAAUCGUGGAUGGAUGAAGGAGUUGGCCGUGGUGAUAACAUUUUCCCUUUUCAGGAUCGCACCAGGUCUUUUGACAGCUUCAACAUGAACACUUUGGAGAGCUCCCUGAUUGACAUCAUGAGGGCUGAGCAAGACAACCUGAAAGGUCGUCUGGGGUUCUCCCAUCCAGGAAGUGACAACCCUCUUCCCCUUAACGCAAGGAAUUAUAGCAGGAGACGAGGUCACUCGUCUCUUUUCCCCAUGGAGGAUGGUUUCCCUGACGAUGAGCGUAGCGAUCAGGGUCUCGCAGGCCUGGGCUCUCCACACUGCUUUCCCCAUCAGAACGGAGAGCGCGUGGAGCGCUACUCACGCAAGGUCUUUGUUGGUGGACUGCCCCCGGAUAUAGACGAAGAUGAAAUAACGGCAAGUUUCCGACGUUUUGGACAUCUGUUUGUUGACUGGCCUCACAAGGCUGAGAGCAAAUCCUAUUUCCCCCCCAAAGGCUACGCCUUCCUGCUUUUCCAGGAUGAGAGCUCAGUGCAGGCUCUGAUCGAUGCCUGCAUCGAGGAGGAUGGCAAGCUGUACCUGUGCGUGUCCAGCCCCACCAUCAAAGACAAGCCGGUCCAGAUUCGCCCGUGGAACCUCAAUGACAGCGACUUUGUGAUGGAUGGCUCUCAACCUCUGGAUCCGAGGAAAACCAUCUUUGUAGGAGGAGUUCCACGUCCGCUCCGUGCAGUGGAGCUGGCCAUGAUCAUGGACCGCCUGUACGGUGGAGUUUGCUACGCUGGCAUCGACACAGACCCCGAGCUGAAGUACCCCAAGGGAGCGGGGCGGGUCGCCUUCUCUAAUCAGCAGAGCUACAUUGCUGCUAUCAGUGCUCGCUUUGUACAGCUGCAGCAUGGAGAAAUCGAUAAACGGGUGGAAGUGAAGCCAUACGUUCUGGACGACCAGCUGUGCGAUGAAUGCCAGGGAACUCGCUGCGGUGGGAAGUUUGCGCCAUUCUUCUGCGCCAACGUCACCUGCCUGCAGUAUUACUGCGAGUACUGCUGGGCGGCCAUCCACUCACGCGCCGGCAGAGAGUUUCACAAACCCCUGGUGAAGGAGGGAGGCGACCGGCCUCGCCACAUCUCCUUCCGCUGGAACUGAGCGGAACGACAGAGAGGGAGAGGCAACAGAGGGGCAGGAGGGGCAGGUGAUGAAGGAGUCGCAAAUCAUUGUACAAAUAAAUGCACUUUUCUGUUGCUGGUUCCUUUUUUCGCUCUAAUUUUACCGAACAUUUUCCUUUUUAUUUUUAAAGUUUAUAAAUAUACAUAUAUAUAUAAAUAUAUAUAUAUAUAUAUAGAAGAUGGAAAAGAAAAGGUGGAGUUAUAUCCAAAUAUGUCCAUCUUGGAAAAAAGAUGUGUACAAUUAUUUUAUUUAUACUUCUGAUUUUUUUUUUAUAUUUUUAUUAGUUCUUUUAAAAAAAAUCUAUAGGAAAGUUUGACAUGUGAUAAGGUACUCUGCUAGUCAAUUGGCAUAUUUUUCUAAACUGUAUAUGUCCUUUUAUUUUGAUACAAGAAGCCCUAAAAAUACUACUUAUUUAACAUUCAGCGGACUUGUAUUGUAGCAGAGCUGUUGCUUCUUACUUUGUAUCAAGUCUUGACAGCAAACGCUGCCCAACCAUUGGCUGUUCAUGUCUCAGAGCUCAGGUUUGCUGUCGAUGCAACAAGCUCCAGAGCAAACAAGAAUCAAAAAGGGUGUUGCUGAAGAAGAGUGCACUUAUUUCCAGUUGAAAGAGUGAAAUCACCGUAAAACCCAGACCCUUUGUAAUUAACCAAAGCCGAAUCUGAAUUAACUUUGAAAAACAGAAAGGGGCCCGCUGCAGAAUGAAACGGAUUCUCCCCCCCCUCCCCAGAUAAAAAAAAAUUGUUUGAACCUCUCUUUAUGAUUUCCCAAGAACUUACAAAUAUUUUGAUGUUACUUGAAAUUCACAAGAAAAAUUGAGCAACACAUAUUUGGGUUUUGAUCUCCAUUUUGACAUGCAAAAACUAAUACCUCAAACUCAGCUGCUAAUGUGCCGAAUACAGUAAAGAGAAAAAAAGAAAGAAAGAAAACAUUAACACUCUCUGGUGUUCUCCUUUCCUUAGAACUAUAAUCAGAGGGAAGUGAUGCAACCGGGAGAGACUGAUGUAACUGGCACAGUUUUGUACUCACUUGCUUCAUCACCUCCUUAUUUUUGUAAUCAAACCCAGGGUUGUGCUAUGGACAGAGCAUCGUAUAGUGUAUUAUGGGAAUGUAUGGCAUAGGGAGGCUACAGGAGAGACGAGUAAACAGCAGCCUGUGGUGUCUGCUGCUGAGCCUUUAGCUAAAAGAGAGUAGGGCUUCAUUCAUGGAUCGAAACCUCCUUUCUAGGGUUUGGAUCCAGAUCUUUCAGGAUGUGGGGGAGGGAGGCGUGGUCAGAGCAACUCCUCGAGAGAAGGCGCCUGUAUUGCAGUUUUUAACGGGGCUACCACCAAACAGGAAACGCCUGUCUUUGUUAUUUUUUUCUUAAAAUGCAUUUGUGCAAUUCUCCCGAGUCUUAAACAACAAAGUGCUACUUUGGAUCCAUGCGUGCGCUGCGUUUUAUUUACUGAAAGAAGCAAUUCUAGUCGGUCUGCUCUGCGAAUCGUCAGGACACAUUCGAGUCGUGGAGGGAUUCUGCCCUUUUGGCGAGAACCCUCUGUAAUUUCUGCUGCCAAGCUAAUCCAACUCAGCAUCCAGUGUUUUUGAAGCAUAAAUGAAGAUAGUCUCUGCAGUGUGCUCUACUACUACACACUCGUGACCCCCAUGCAGUUUGAUAACGAGAUUGCAGGUCCAUUUGGCUGUACCCAGUGGCUUCCGGGAACCAAAGAUGGCUGUGCAGUAGUGGGUCAUACUGUAGCUCGUUUCUUGUCUAGAUUUUUCUAUUUUCUCUCAUCACUUAAAGGAUUUUUUUUUUGUUAUAUAUUCCCUUAAAUUUUUCACUUCUACCCAGUUGUGCUUAACAGUCAAGCCCUGAUGGACUCCAGCAAACCAAAGAUUGGCCUUGAACACGAUCUAUACAGUAUGUACAGUAUAUAGAAGGGGAGUUAAAACCAUCAGACCACCAGUGGAAAAGCAACAGAGCUCGCAGACACACAAACAAGGCCACACACUCCACAGUGGAGGCGGCGAUGUCAGGCACGAGAUUUUUUUUUUUUUUUUUUUUUUUUUUACCUCAAAUAGCUCUGCAAGUUUGCGUAAAUUAACAUGAAGUGCACAUUCCCACAGCGAAGGUGAAACUAAUCCUCACAUUUGUUUGACAUUUUAGGUCACUCCGUGGCAACCUUCUAGCUGAGCAUUUAAAUGUCAGGGAGUUAGUACAGAAACUUGAUGAUACACACUAGUGAAAAUCCUCAUAUCGGCGUGGUGUCGUUGCACCAGUUUUGCACCCUGGACAUUAGUUUUGUGGGUGUGGUGGGUGAGCAUUUUAGAAGUUAAAACACUUUGUGAAGAAUUUGCUGUUAAAUGAGAUAAAAAAAAAGAUUAUUUUAUACAUGGCCUGCUGAUUUUUGGUACAGUGUUUUCUAGCUAAAUUAUUUUGUCAUGCACAUAUAAACAUUUAUUAUGCACUACUUUUCUAAAUAUUUUUUCUUUUUCCAACAGUCAUUUUAGGCACAUUUUUCACAAAUGGGGAAACUCCUUUUUGCAAUACCUCAAUUUUUCACAUUGUGAAAGGUAGCUUUUGUACUUUUGUUACUGAGAGAUCUGCAUAUAUGGAAAUGUUCAUUUAAAAAAAAAAAGUUGAGUGAUUUCAAUAUAUAUUAUUUUCAAUUAUGCUUUUUAUACAUUUCAGUGCUGAGGAAUCUUUACAACUAAGUGCGCACUUGUGUUGAUGCGACUUCAGAUCUGCAGAGGAGAGACCAAAGUGUGUCGCUCUCUUGGUCUUAGCUUUUCCUACACUUGAUGUUUCCAGUCAAUCUGGUCAAGAACAGCAUGGCAAGAAAGAAAAAAAAAAACAACAAACAAACUUGUAAUUUGAAUUUGUUGUUAUUGUCUCUAAACAUGGCUAUACUACUUGGAAAUGGUAACUUCUGUCUUGGUUUCCUCUCCAUAGAUGGAGCAUAACUUAUGAGGAGAAUGCAAAAUCUGGUUCACGCUUAACGCUGAAUCUCGUAUCACAAGAAUGGAUGUUUGGUGUUUAGAUAUUUUAAUAUUUGAAAAAAAAAAAAGUCUAUAUACAUAUAAAUAUAUAUAUAUUCUUGAACUUGCCAACUAGCACCUAUUGUAAUCCUUAGCAUGCAUGACAAAAAAAAAGAGAAAAUGACAAGUACAUGAAUUAGCUAUUAAAACUAAUUGUUGUGAUGUGCACCAAAUGUUUCUCAACUAUUAAGUUAAGGACACCCCCAAACCCACUCUCACCUCAGCUCACCCUCCUCCCCUUCCCCUCGUGUUGAUCCUUGCUUCCCCAUUCGCAGACCUCUGCAGGAUGCACAUGACAUAGAGAUAUUUAAGAAAAAAAAAGAACACGCAAGUUUAAACUGAUCCGGCAGUGCAGGACUUUGAGCAUCCGUAUAGAACACUGUUUUAAAGACUUGAGAACUCAUCCCCGCUGUCUGUCGAGGUGAUCUUAUAUAGACCUGUCUGGAGAAAAGGGGAGCUUAAAGACUUGAAUGUGGUAAAUGUUGCAAGUUAACUUCAAGUUGUUAUGUGCAAUACUUCUUUUGAACCUUUUUCCAGAUAAAGACUCUUUGCAAUGUAAUUCUUUAAUGCCAUUUUUAAUUGCAGACAUUUAAUUAAAGAAGAUGUUAAUAUGUUUUUCACAGUCAUUUUCUACUGUUAUUGUAAUCCUUUUCAUGCUGGUGUUUGUAAAAAAAGAAAAGAAAUCAAACUAUUUGUACUAAUAUAAAUAAUUGAAGUUAUUUUUAAAACAUUAAAGUUUUUGUGCUCAUUUGCUUAUUUUGUUUAUUUUAAGCUACUGUGAUUGAUUGCAUUGUAAUUAUUAGGUCAACAAUGUAUCUAGCUGUUUAUUGGUAUAUUUUUAAUUGGAAUGUAUAAUUGAUUUUUAUAAUUUUGAUCAGAUUUUUGUUAUAUUUUUGAGGUGAAGCUUUUAAUAUGUUAAAGUGUCUAGUUUUUACUAAUUGCUAUAUUGUGCUCCACAAUAUAUGGUUCACAUUUUCUGAAGGAAAAGAAAUAUUUAAAUAUUUGUCUGUUAAUGAUGUUACUUAAUGGCAAGAUUUCAAUAGUUUUUAACUGUGUAUGGGAAGGUUGUUGUAUUUAUUAAUAGCAUUUUUUACUUAAGAUAUCACCUUAAUUUUUAUUGUCAUUUCACUUUAUAAGUUCCUAUUUUUGUAUUUUCCUUUCUAAUUAAGUUAUGUAAUACGGAUAUGUCCAUAUUUCUAGGAGUUGGUCUGUAGAAGUGCUAGUGAAACGAAAAAGAAAAAAAUCUGUUAUUUAAUUGUUUGCAGCCAACUAUUUAUAACAGUAUGCAUAAUUUUUAAAUAUUUGUAAUGUGAAAUGUUAAAUGAAAUAAAUCUUAACUGUGA